CCCAGCUACGCAGUGUUUAUUGAUUCAUUUCCGUCUGAAAAAUGGUAGAAGAUUGUUGAAAGCGUAUUUUGCGUGUAAUUGUAAACUAAAUUUUAUCCAUUUAACGUUAUAAUACCACAAUUCAUAGACUUUUUAUUGCGCAGUUUUAUUUCAAGUUAUUGAAAUGUAUUUAUUUGUAUUGGGUUUUAAGAUAAAUUAAGUUUUCGUUAUGCAACGUAAUAUGGAGGCCAUAUUGUCCAAAGGAUAGAUUUUUUAAGUUAAUAGACGUUUUGGAAUCAGCUAUUCCAUUAUUCAAGAUAAUUUAAGUUCAAUUAUAGUGAACAUAUCUUUUUAAGUGCGACAAAUCAAUAAUAGGAUUAUAAGACAAAAUGCCGCGAAUCGAUCCAUUGCAAUUAUUAAAAUGCCUCUCAGUUCUCCUUACUCCUUCAGGAGGCAUUCUUUCAAAAGAAGAGGUCCCAAGACUUGUAAAUUUAAUGACGAAAUUUUCCAAAAAACUAGUUAGUAAAUGCGUUUAUGUGCUGAUACUGAAAGUAACAGAGUCUGAACUUGUUGAUUUGUUCAUGGCUGAGGGGGGCUGGAACUUGGUGCAAACAUGGUUGCAAGAUGCCAUGCAUGUAUCAAACUGGGACCUUGUCAAUGAAAUUUUAAGCUUACUCUUAAUCACACCUGUCGAUGUAGAAAGAUUAAAGUUAAACACCAUCCCCAAAUUGGUGAAGAAUUUGUCUAGGAGGGAUGAGUUGCCAGGUGUUCAAACUCUCUCCAGUCAGUUGGUGCAACAUUGGCUGGUGAUUGUGAAAAGCAAUCCCAACACGAAAACGGAAAAUGCGGCGGAAAAAAACGUUACUGAAGUCACUGAAGAGGUGGAUUCGGAAAGUAACGAUUCCAAAGCGAACGCCAAGAUUGAAGCUACCGAAAAGGAAAAUGAAGUACCUGAAGAAACUUUGAAGGAAAAAGAAAAAGAUGAAAGGGACAAAGAUAGAAAGUCUAGUAGUAGUUCUAGGAGUAGGGAUAAGAAGAAGAGUUCUAGUAGUUCGAGUAGCUCUUCUAGAAGCAGCAGUAGUAGGGAUAAGAGUAGGGAUAAAGAUAGGAAAGAUAGGGAUAAGGAUAGGGAUAGGGAUAAAGAUAGGCAUAGGAGUAAUGGGUCUUCAAAAAACAGCAGCUCUAGUUCAAGCAGCAGAAGUUCCUCCAGCAGCAAAGAUAGGAGGAGUUCCAAGGAUAAGGAGAGGGAUAAAGGGGACACAAAGGAUAAAUCCAAGCAGGCGGAAAAGGAUAAGGACACGCUGGCGCGGCUGAAGCCGCAGAGUAUCGAUAAACUGGGUAAAAUCCCGAAAAAACCCAACGACAAAAAGGAGGAGGUCCGCAAAAAACCCACAAUGUCCAUCGAGGUCCGCAAAAACAAAGGAGAAGAGAGACCAAAGACUGUGAAAAUCUUCAACUCGAAGUUGCGCUCCACCGGCUUGGAGGAAGAAGUGAAACCGCCGCCUUCGCGAGCCGCCGUCAUAAAAAAGCCCCUCCCGGUAACGCCGCCCCCCAAGAGACCUUCCCCUCCGCGCGACACCCCCACCAGCAGUCCGCAGCUGCCGCCCGAGAAAAAACUGAAGAUCGACGCCAUCCUCGACAAAAUGGAGCGGCCCGGCGCCAUCAAGUUGAUUCCGCCGAAACCGAAACCAACCAUUCUUCAGGAGAGCGACAUUUUCAUGGACGCCCUUACGGCAGCCACGACGAAAAAAGAGCCGAAGAAGCGCAAGCGACGGCCCAGCGUCUCCAAAGACACCCCAAGUUCUCCAUCGACAACUUCCCCUGGAGAGACCAAAGACACUCCGACAUCUCCUCUUGGCAUCAAGAGCAUCGCGCCCAUCAAUUUCUACCAAGACACGCUGGGCGCUGACACCAAUGGUACCGAAAGCGAGGAGAACAAGGAGAGCGAUGAGAAUGCGGAGGAAAACAAGAAUGAGGAGGAGGCUGCUCCUGGUACGCCGCCUCCUGAAGAUGACGGUCCAGUUGAGGCCAAGAGGGGCAGGGUUAACGAGGACGGUUUGAAGGGGGUUUUGUGUUACACCAAAAAGAAGGGGCCGAAACGUUCGAUCAAAUGGAAGACUGAUGAUGAUUUGGUGGAGGUCAGAUACUUUGAGCUCGACGAGACUGAGAGGGUUAACGUUACGAAGACUUUCAUGGAUAUGGCGAAGAUGGACAUGUGCGAGGAGAGGGAGGCGGUUAUUUUGUCGCGUAAAUUACCGAACGAGGAUAUAAUGGGACAGCAAACCAUAUGGCGGCUUCCUUAUCUCAUUGAGCAAGCUGAUUCUCUUGCCCCAGCUGGGGCGAAGAGUUUAGAAAAGGAUAUACAGUUUGCGAGAGAGAAAAAUGUUUUACCCGCGCUCUAUUUCGAUAAGAGAAGAAUACCUGACAGCCCCUUCGAGCCGGAUCCUGAGAACCAUCAAAUGAAGGACCCUGUAAUUAUUCCUCUGGAUGAUCCAGAUGGUCAAGAAAAUGAUUUACGUAAUACCCCCUGGCCAGAACCUAAAGGUUCACCUCCACACGUUGAGCCCGUUAUGCCUCCAAAUAUGUUCCCCAACAUGCCGUUUAACCCCAACUUCCCCCAAAUACCGCCCCCGGCAUUCCAGAGCGGCAUGCCUCCGAGAUUUAACGGUCCCGGUCCAAACUUUAUCCCCCCAAAUAUGUUACACAAUGGUAAUAUGAUGGGUGUCCCUCCGAAUUUGGGACCGCCCCCAGAUAUGAUGUUUGGCGGGCCCAACGGAGGGGACGGUUUCAAUAACGAUGCCCCUAACUUCCCACCGCACUUACCGUUCGGUAAUCCCGGCAUGGGAAAUAUGUUCCCGCCGAAUAAUUUCAACAUGGGACGCGGGGGCGGCCCCAACCGCGGCGGUUUCAGGGGAAGGGGGAACAACAACGGUCCGUGGGUGAGGCUGAACGGUCCCGGGGCCGGUCCUGGGAAUUGGAACAGGGGCGGCGGCGCGGGCGGCCACAGAGGGGGCAGACUUUGCAAAAACGUCAAAAAUCACGGGUACUGUAGGAAUCGGGACAACUGUCCGUUUAUUCACCCCAACUGAGAGAAUUUCACUAAGACAAUAUUUUGUACGGUUUUUAUGGAAUUGUGCUACCGAUUAUGUGAUAUUAAUUUCUAAGGCCGGUGUAUUUUAUAAUAUAACAAGUGUUGACCACUGUUUUUCGAAGUACAAAGUCCCCCCGCGGACUUGAUUCCUACUCCUUGAUUUUUGUGAUAUACUAAAUAAUUAAGCUUCCCCAAUAAUUUGUAUAUACUCUGUACAAUAUAAUCACGUGUACAUUAAUAAUUAAAAACAAACCUGGUUUGUUAACUUGUUGGUGUUAAUAACUUUAUUCAUGUUACUGUAAAUAGGACAACAAACUAGCAUUUAAUUUUUUACAACUUUGUAACUUGUAAGAGCAUUCGUUCAUUUUUUAGGAUAAAUGUAAGAAUACUCAGCCAAUAAUCUGUAUUUUUAUUUAUUUAACCUAAAUACAAAAG